UCCUUGGCAGGCGGCAUGGCGGCGGGCUGGGAGGCGGCGGCGUUCGCGGCGCGCCGGCGGCACGAGGACGAGGACACGACGCGGGACAGCGUCUUCACCUACACCAACAGCAACAACACGCGCGGUCCCUUCGAGGGUCCCAAUUACCACAUCGCCCCGCGGUGGGUUUACAACCUGACCUCGCUCUGGAUGAUCUUCGUGGUGGUGGCUUCCGUCUUCACCAACGGGUUGGUGCUGGUGGCCACCUGGAAGUUCAAGAAGCUGCGUCACCCCCUCAACUGGAUCCUGGUCAACCUGGCGGUGGCCGACCUGGGCGAGACCGUCAUCGCCAGCACCAUCAGCGUCAUCAACCAGAUCUCGGGCUACUUCAUCCUGGGGCACCCGCUCUGCGUCAUCGAGGGCUACACCGUCUCUGCCUGCGGCAUCACGGCGCUGUGGUCGCUGGCCAUCAUCUCGUGGGAGCGGUGGUUCGUGGUCUGCAAACCCUUCGGCAACAUCAAGUUCGACGGGAAGCUGGCGGUGGCCGGCAUCAUCUUCUCCUGGGUCUGGUCCUGCGCCUGGACCGCGCCCCCCAUCUUCGGCUGGAGCAGGUGGGGCGGCCCCAUAGCGCGCGGGGGGAGGGACGGGGACGGGGGGCGCGCGCGGGGGCGGCCCCUCACCCCACGUCUCCCCCCCCCCCCCAGGUACUGGCCCCACGGGUUGAAAACGUCCUGCGGCCCCGACGUCUUCAGCGGCAGCUCGGACCCGGGGGUGCAGUCGUACAUGGUGGUGCUGAUGAUCACCUGCUGCUUCUUCCCCCUCGCCAUCAUCGUCCUCUGCUACCUCCAAGUCUGGCUGGCCAUCCGGGCGGUGGCCGCCCAGCAGAAGGAGUCGGAGUCGACGCAGAAGGCGGAGAAGGAAGUGUCGCGCAUGGUGGUGGUGAUGAUCCUGGCCUACAUCUUCUGCUGGGGGCCCUACACCUUCUUCGCCUGCUUCGCCGCCGCCAACCCGGGUUACGCCUUCCACCCGCUGGCGGCCGCCCUGCCCGCCUACUUCGCCAAGAGCGCCACCAUCUACAACCCCAUCAUCUACGUCUUCAUGAACCGACAGUUCCGCAACUGCAUCCUCCAGCUCUUCGGCAGGAAGGUGGACGACGGCUCCGAGGUCUCCACCUCCCGCACCGAGGUCUCCUCCGUCUCCAGCUCCUCCGUGGCGCCCGCGUAG